GGUUGUUGGAUGCUUUCCUGGCUUGACUAGUCAUGCCUGGGAGUUAAUGUUUAUCCGCAUGCCUGUGAUUGAGUGCACAAGGGAGUGCACGAUUGUGCAUACAAAGUUCCUUAGCCCAGUGGCGAUUCAGCAGAAGCUGCGAAGACUCGGAGAUGGAUUUGGCAACUGCAACCGAGGAUCCAGCCACUAGCCUGUUUCGAGAGUACCUGAAUAUAAGAACAGUGCAGCCGGAUCCAGAUUAUGAUAAGGGAAUACAGUUUCUUAUUCGUGUGGCCGAAGAAAUUGGAUUGGAAAGUAAGACAUUGGAGUUGCAUCCGGGCCGUGUAAUACUAAUACUGACUUGGAAAGGAACAGAUCCCCAGCUUCGAUCAGUGAUCUUAAACUCUCACACGGAUGUGGUUCCAGUAUUUGAGGAAUUCUGGACAUACCCACCAUUUUCUGCUCAUAAAGACAAAGAUGGAAACAUCUAUGCCCGUGGGGCGCAGGACAUGAAGUGCGUUACUAUCCAGUAUCUGGAAGCUGUGUGCCGGCUGAAAUCUGAGGGACGCCGAUUCCCACGUACCAUCCACCUCACUCUGGUGCCAGAUGAAGAAAUUGGGGGACACAAAGGGAUGGAGCUGUUUGUACAGCACCCAGACUUCCAUGCACUUAACCCAGGAAUCACUUUGGAUGAAGGUCUUGCAAAUCCCUCAGAAGAAUUCAGUGUUUUCUAUGGGGAGAAAUGUCCUUGGUGGAUAACAGUUCAUUGUGGGGGAGACCCUGGACAUGGUUCCCGCUUCAUAGAAAACACAGCAGCAGCCAAAUUACACUCAGUAAUAUCAAGAUUUUUGGAGUUCAGAGAAAAAGAGAAAAAUAGGCUAUUGUCAGAUCCUAAUCUCACACUUGGAGAUGUCACCACUGUGAAUCUGACACGAGUCAGUGGGGGAGUCUCCUUCAAUGUUGUGCCAUCUGAGAUGACGGCAACCUUUGACCUACGUAUACCACCUACUGUGAAUUUGAAGGAGUUUGAGCGUCAGCUUGAGGGUUGGUGCAGAGAAGCUGGAGAUAACAUAACAUGGGAGUAUCAUCAGAAAUGUAUGAACGAGAGAGUGACUACUCCAGACGAUUCUAACCCUUGGUGGAAAGCAUUCAGCACCCCAUGCAAAGAGAUGGGCCUAAAGUUGAAGCCUGAGAUUUUCCCUGCAGCUACUGACAGCCGUUACAUUCGCACGGCUGGCUAUUCUGCUCUUGGUUUCUCUCCAAUGAACAACACACCCAUCUUGCUUCAUGAUCACAAUGAGUAUUUGAAUGAAGAUGUCUUCCUUCGUGGGAUCCAAAUUUACACCAAGAUCAUUGCCUCGCUUGCCAGUGUUGUGCCACUUGCUGGAGAGCAUUGACAAAAAAAAAAAGGAACAUGGGAAUAAGAGCAAGAUUUGUUAUGGAAUCAUCUCAGGGAGUGUCUGUAAACAGCAAGCUACAGUGUACUCAGGGAAUAGCAAGUGGUCAUUCGAAUGUUCAGAUUAAUGGUAAACCAACUAAAAUUGCCAUUUUUGAUUAAACAUAAAUCUUUUACAAAA